CUUAUAUUGAAUCUUUUUUCUUUGUAUAUUUUACUAUAAUGGCUCUGCAACAUCACCAUAAUCUAGCUCAUCCUAUUGUAAAUUAUGAAAAUUUGGUUACAUUGGAGCCCUAGAAGCUCUCAAGAUAUUUAUUAUAUUCUUAGUUUUGUAAAUUGUUAAAACUUGAAAGCUGAGGGCCUGUUCUACCAUAUUGAAUCUUCUCCAUUGAUAUGACCUAAAUCUUAAUGAUUCAUUUAACAUGAUUUGUCUACAUAUUAUUUGUUUCUCACUUUUUCUCCAGCUUGCUUAAUGACCAUAAGAAUAUUUUUAAUAGGCUGGUAUGUAAUAAUAUUAUUUUUCUAAAUGUUAACUUGGGAAAAUGUCUUUCUUCAAUUUUUUCUAGUUGACUAUUUAUACUCUGGCUUGGAGCUUUUAGAGUUUCAUUUGGGGUCUGAGACUGUAAUGCCUGUACAGUACAAAGUCACCAUUAUGUUUCUUUGUCUGAUUUCAUCACUUCCGGGAAAAGAAGAAAACAAUGUUCUAAUGCUGGAAGACAGUACCCUUAAUUUGAUGUUGGAUAUUCUUUGCAAAGUUUAUCAGGGAGAAGUUUGGCUGCAUAAUGAUUGUCUUUCAGGGUCAUUUAUUGAUUAUUUUGUUGAUUUUUCAUUGCUGGUUCUAUUAAAGUUGACAUUUUUCUUUUCCUUCGUAGAUUUUUGAUUGGAUUUAUUGCUUUAAAUUUUUCAGGAAUCACUUUGCAGUCAGUUUUGGGACAGAGAAAGUUUUGUUGAUGGUCCUAUUCGGUGUCUUCUUUGUAGCCUAGAAGGUGAAUUUCCCUUCAGGACUAUGGAACUUAUUCGCCUCUUAUGAGAUGUGAGAUAUGAGAUUCAAUGGAUAUACCCUAGAAAUAAUAGUAUCAUUCUAAAUGCUUUUGUAACUCAAUUUUGAAGGCUUUGUGUUGGGCAGCUGUAGAAUAUUUUGUGCUGAAAGUAGUAACUUUUCAAUAUGUUGAAUAUUUAAGACUACUUGAAUACUUAAAGAACAUUUUGUUGUUGAUGAUAGUGUUGAAUGUUUUAAACUAAUUUGUGGAUUGUUAAUACAA